GGGCCGGUGGUGUGCGCCACGGAGCUCGCCGGCGGCGCCUCGGGCUCGGGACUGCUGUGAGCCGCGCCGCCCGCGGGGAUCGACCUAGCUGUUCCGCGGAGCCGCGGGCAGGAACCGAGGACCAGGAGGCGGCGGCCGCGGCUGUUCCUCCCAGGGGGCGAUGUGGCCGGCCGGUGCGGGCACCAGGCUGCCCUGUCCCCGGGACUCUGCGCUCCGGCGGGCGGCUUUCUCCGGGAACCUCACCGCCCUGCCUUCUCACCUCGUGCCCGCCGGCCGAAGCGUGCGGGUCUUUAUCAGCGCCAACCCCGAAGACACGGGAGCAGAAAGACAGGCACUAAGAGAAAAUGUGUACCCUAAACUGAGAGAAUUCUGCAGAGAAAACUACGGAUUAGAAUUUCAGGUCAUAGAUCUCUACUGGGGCAUUGAUGAAGAUGAGUGGGACAGCCCUGAGCUCCAGAAGACUCGCAUGAAGCAGCUGGAGGGAUGUUUGAAAACUUCUGCAGGUCCAUGUUUUGUUGUGGGUAUAAAAACACUAAUGCUUUAUAUUAAAUUGUAGAUGUCUGUGAGAA